CCCAUCGGAGACUCUCCGGCAAACUUCUUCUGAAAAGGCCUUGACUUAACGAAAUUUCUCUCUAUUUCCUCAAUGUUCGAAAUCUCUCCCAGAUUUUUCGUUCGAUUCCAGAAGACUUCUGUUCUACUCACCGCCGUUUCUCAACUCAAUCACAUAGGUCAAGGCCGGUCGUCGUAAAUGAGCGCAAGGAGGCGAUCCCGACUUUGAUUGAGGAAAUUAAUGUGUAUUUGGGAUUGAGGGCUUGAUUGGUAUAUAUAAGUGGUUGAAGCUAUGAAUAUCAGGGGAAAUAAAUUUGAGAGAUAAAUCUUUAAUUGGGCGUUAUGCUGAUGCAAUUUUUCCGAGAAAAGUUAGAAACUCACUGGCUUCUGUCAUGGAAAGUGUGCGGAGAGGGAUUGAGAUGGGUUCUGAAAGGAUCCAAAGCUUCAGAAAACCUAUGAACUUACAGCCUCCCCGUAACAAGUCAGAAAAAGAUUCAGGUCUUCGGAAGAAAAUUCUUGAUCCACAGGGAUCUUUCCUUGAAAACUGGAAUAAAAUAUUUCUCCUAGCCUGUAUAAUUGCUUUGGCACUGGACCCUCUCUUCUUCUACAUCCCAGUGGUUGUGAAUAGAGACAAGCGAAAAAUCCUCGACCUGGAUGAAAAUCUGGAAAAAAUUGCGUGUGUCCUUCGUACAUUCAUGGAUGCCUUCUAUAUAAUUCACAUGAUCUUUCAAUUCCGAACUGGGUUCAUUG